AUGGAAGCGUCAGUUUCCCCACAAGGCAAACUCGUGGACAUGAGCGACCACGAACCUGGUUCAGUGUCGGAUCUCACCAUCUUUCGUAAGCGCCAUGACACGCACGUGGCCAACCUGACCAAGACGCCCUCCGAAGCGACUAUCAAGGACAACGGUGAGCUUCAUCAAACCUUUCCGAACAUGUGGGCCGUACGGGUCGACAAAGGUUACAUUGGUUUGACAGAGUGCGUGCACCCCAAGAAGCGCCCAACGCAUGGAGCCCUUGAUCGCCUUGACCUGGAGCGCAACGCCGCCGUGUCCGCUGACCGAGCCAUCGUCGAAAACUUCUUCGGCCGGGUGUGCAUCUUGUGGAAGAUCGCCUACAGUACGUUUGUGUGGGGAACUAAGAUCUUUGAUAGAAUCCAGCGACUCACCUUUGCUCUGACCAACUUCCACGUCGGUCUCAUGCCGCUCCGUGAAGACGACAGCCACCACUAUCGUUCCGUUCUGGCCCGAUAUGCCCGCAUGACCGAAGAGAAGAUCACUCAGCGUGCCAUGACCCGCACCGCUAUGUCCAGCGUCGUGCUGAGCGCCUUGCGAUGGGUUCGAUGCGUGCGACUUUUGCUGCUCGUGGCCCUUUCUUGUCUCCAUCUCCGAACACCCGACGUAAAUUUUAUAAUGACAUUUUAUACUUGA